AUGUCCCGUGUGGUAGCAGCAGACGACAACAUGUCGUUACCGUUCUUCUCCCCUGAGCCUAACCACCUCUCCACCUUCUCAACCGCCUCCUCUUCUCCAACCUUCGCACAGCUCUUACAAAACGUCGGCGACACAACCUCAACUGAGCAUCAUCAAAUCGAUAUCAAUCACACCUCCCCAAACCAAUCCGUACCGUUCCUCCUCUCCUUCACCGACCUCACUUACAGCGUCAAAAUCCGCCGCAAAUUCUCCUGGAAACGCGUCCCUUCUUCCUCAGAUCCCACCCUCGGAGACUCUACUCCUCUCUCCUCUCCCAAGACGAAGACACUCCUCAACGGAAUCUCCGGAGAGGCGCGCGACGGGGAGAUACUAGCCGUCCUGGGAGCGAGCGGGUCCGGAAAAUCGACGCUGAUCGACGCCUUAGCGAAUCGGAUCGCGAAAGGAAGCUUGAAAGGAAACGUGACUCUUAACGGAGAAGUUCUGAACUCGAAGAUGCAGAAAGCUAUCUCGGCUUACGUGAUGCAAGACGAUCUCCUCUUUCCGAUGCUAACGGUCGAGGAGACGCUGAUGUUCGCUGCGGAGUUUCGUCUCCCGAGGAGCCUCUCGAAGGCGAAGAAGAGUCUCCGAGUUCAAGCAUUGAUCGAUCAGUUAGGACUUGGAAACGCGGCGAAGACCAUUAUUGGUGAUGAAGGUCACCGUGGGAUCUCGGGUGGUGAGAGGAGGAGAGUAUCGAUCGGGAUUGAUAUAAUCCACGAUCCGAUACUUCUUUUCCUCGACGAGCCGACCUCGGGGCUCGACUCCACGAGUGCUCUAAGUGUAGUUAAGGUUUUGAAACGAAUCGCGCAGAGCGGGAGUAUGGUGGUUAUGACUCUUCAUCAACCUAGCUACCGGCUUCUUCGUUUGCUCGAUAGGUUACUCUUUUUGUCACGUGGACAGACGGUGUUCAGUGGAUCCCCCGCGAUGCUCCCGCGUUUCUUCGCGGAGUUUGGUCACCCGAUUCCCGAGCACGAGAAUCGAACUGAGUUCGCGUUGGAUCUGAUCCGUGAAUUGGAAGGAUCAGCUGGUGGGACGAGGAGUUUAGUUGAGUUCAAUAAAUCGUUUAGGCAGAGGAAAGCUGAGCCAAGGAAUCAGACUGGUUUAUCUCUUAAAGAAGCCAUCAGCGCAAGUAUUUCCAAAGGGAAACUCGUAUCCGGAGCCAGUACGACGACGAAUACUGGCUCCGGAUCGAGCCCUGUUUCCACCAUUCCAACGUUUGCGAACCCGUUCUGGGUUGAACUUUUGGUUCUAGCGAAACGUUCCAUGACUAACUACCGAAGACAGCCUGAGCUGUUUGGGAUACGUUUGGGAGCUGUGCUAGUCACUGGAUUUAUAUUAGCUACCAUGUUUUGGCAGCUGGAUGACUCCCCUAAAGGAGUCCAAGAACGUCUUGGAUUCUUCGCAUUCGCGAUGUCCACGACGUUCUACACAUGCGCAGACGCUCUACCUGUCUUCCUUCAAGAACGCUUCAUUUUCAUGAGGGAAACUGCUUACAACGCUUACAGAAGAUCCUCAUAUGUGUUGUCUCACUCCCUCGUGGCGCUUCCUUCGUUGAUCAUCCUCGCGCUAUCUUUCUCAGCAGCUACGUUCUGGGCCGUGGGGUUAGAUGGAGGCCCCAUGGGGUUCCUGUUCUACUUUCUGAUAGUCUUGGCAGCUUUUUGGGCAGGAAGCUCAUUCGUUACCUUCUUAUCAGGCGUUGUUCCACAAGUAAUGAUUGGUUACACUAUUGUGGUUGCUAUCUUAGCCUACUUCUUGCUUUUCAGUGGCUUCUUCAUCACCAGAGAUCGUAUCCCUGCUUACUGGAUCUGGUUUCAUUACAUUUCCUUAGUCAAGUACCCUUACGAGGCUGUUCUCAUUAAUGAAUUCAGCGACCCAACAAAGUGUUUCAUCAGAGGAGUUCAGAUAUUUGAUAACACACCUCUGGCGACUGUGCCUCAGGGGAUGAAAGUUAAGCUUCUGUCAACUAUGAGCAAGUCGCUUGGUAUGAGGAUCACGAGCUCAACUUGCUUGACCACAGGAUAUGAUAUUUUGCAGCAGCAAGGUGUUACGGAUCUCAGCAAAUGGAAUUGCUUGUGGGUCACGGUCGCUUGGGGGUUCUUCUUUCGUAUCUUGUUUUACUUCUCUCUGCUUUUGGGCAGCAAGAACAAGAGGAGGUAA